AUGACCGAGACCACCAAGACCCACGUUAUCUUGCUAGCCUGCGGCAGCUUCAACCCCAUCACCAAAGGCCACAUCCAGAUGUUUGAAAGAGCCCGAGAUUAUCUGCACAAGACAGGAAGAUUCAUCGUCAUUGGUGGAAUAGUCUCACCCGUACAUGACUCAUAUGGAAAACAGGGUUUGGUUUCCAGCCGGCAUCGCUUGGCAAUGUGUCAACUGGCUGUUCAGUGUUCUGACUGGAUAAGGGUGGACCCCUGGGAAUGUUAUCAGGAUACUUGGCAGACCACCUGCAGUGUAUUGGAACAUCACCGGGAUCUGAUGAAACGAGUUACUGGUUGUAUCCUGUCCAAUGUGAACACACCUUCGUUGACCCCAGUGGUUGGACAGCCCCAGAAUGAGACCCCACAACCUAUUUACCAGAACAGCAACCUUUCCAACAAGCCAAGUGCAGCAAAACUUUUGGGGAAAGUGGGAGAAAGCCUUAGCAGGAUUUGCUGUGUUCGUCCCCCAAUGGAACGUUUCACUUUUGUGGAUGAAAAUGCUAAUUUGGGGACUGUGAUGAGAUAUGAAGAGAUUGAGCUUCGAAUCUUGCUGCUGUGUGGAAGUGAUCUUCUGGAGUCCUUCUGUAUUCCAGGCCUUUGGAAUGAAGCUGAUAUGGAGGUGAUAGUGGGAGACUUUGGCAUUGUUGUGGUGCCACGGGAUGGUGUUGAUACCGAGAGAAUCAUGAGCCACUCCUCUGUACUUCGCAAGUAUAAAAACAAUAUCCUGGUUGUGAAGGAUGACGUGAAUCACCCAAUGGCUAUUGUCAGUUCUACUAAAAGCAGACUGGCCCUUCAGCAUGGCGAUGGCCAUGUGGUGGAUUACCUGUCUCAGCCCGUCAUUGAUUACAUCCUUAAGAGUCAGCUGUACCUGAAUGCCUCUGGUUAA